AUGCGAUGCGCGAGCAAGGCCGCCGAGAGCGCGUCCGCACGUCUCUGUUCGGACGCCGAAGCAGAAACAACAGCAACUGAUGUCCCAUCGGCCGCUGAAGCGACCCAGCCUGUGUCACUUGGUGAUGCAGGCGCUGGUCAUGAAGACACUCGUGUCUUCACAGAGUACGAGCUCGGUGUCUCGUACUCUCCUGAUACGGAUGACGGAUCCGUAUCGACGGCGAUUGAAUCUAAGCCGCCUGCCAAGCGUGGCAUGGACGAUGCUUUGCGUCGCAGCAUCUUUGGUUCAUCUGAUUCAUCAGAUGAACCAUCGCCGAAGCGAAGGCGCUCGAGGUCGCGAGACUCGGGCGCUAAUAGUGGUGUCGGUUCUCCUAUGGACACCACUUCACAGCGAGGUGCCAGUACUUCUGUCGGCACGUCGCAGGAAGAGCGGGACCGCAAUGUGUUGCGUCUCGCUCCUGAGAAGAAGGCAUGGAUGCCUCCUAAAUCAGUCAUGGAUCACUUGUCGGCGACGACGAGUGAUCGUUAUCGAACACGGUUGUUCGAUUCGUCAAGGGUCCAUCACCUUGACCCCAGCGCGAAAAACUAUCGCGCUGAACAUGACUUCUUCAUCGAUGCUUUCUUUAGAUAUCGAUGGUACAGUGGGAAUCGCAAACGUGAUGGUCCCUCACUACUUCAAGCGUGGAACGCCUACAUCCAUAACCUCGAGGAUGUAGGUCGUGACGCUUGGAACGACAAACUUAUCAAAGCUCGUGAUAAGUUUGAAAAGCGAACCCCGACAGGUGCACGCUACAGCUGCAUCGUCUGUCAAGGGAGAAAGGAUUACCCUGCCUCUCUUGGGGAGACUCGUGCCCAUGUUGUGUGA